AUGAGCAGGGUAGUGGGCACCGGGGCCGCGGUUAGGGGCGGCAGGUUGCGAGGGGCCAUGGCUAGGGGCGACGGGGCCAUGGCUAGGGACGGGGCCGGGCGCUGGGCAGGUAUGGGGCCGGGUGCUGGGCUAGGGACGGGGCCGGGCGCUGGGCAGGUACGGGGCCGGGCACUGGGCAGGUACGGGGCCGGGCACUGGGCAGGAACGGGGCCGGGCGCUGGGCAGGUACGGGGCCGGGCGCUGGGCAGGUACGGGGCCGGGCGCUGGGCAGGUACGGGGCUGGGCGCUGGGCAGGUACAGGGCCGGGCGCUGGGCAGGUACGGGGCCGGGCGCUGGGCAGGUACGGGGCCGGGCGCUGGGCAGGUACGGGGCCGGGCGCUGGGCAGGUACGGGGCCGGGCGCUGGGCAGGUACGGGGCCGGGCUCUGGGCAGGUACGGGGCCGGGCGUUGGGCAGGUACGGGGCUGGGCGCUGGGCAGGUACGAGGCCGGGCGCUGGGCAGGUACGGGGCCGGGCACUGGGCAGGAAUGGGGCCGGGCGCUGGGCAGGUACGGGGCCAGGCGCUGGGCAGGUACGGGGCCGGGCGCUGGGCAGGUACGGGGCCGGGCUCUGGGCAGGUACGGGGCCGGGCGCUGGGCAAGUACAGGGCCGGGCGCUGGGCAGGUACGGGGCCGGGCGCUGGGCAGGUACGGGGCCGGGCGCUGGGCAAGUACGGGGCCAGGCACUGGGCAGGAACGGGGCCGAGCGCUGGGCAGGUACGGGGCCAGGCACUGGGCAGGUACGGGGCCGGGCGCUGGGCAGGUACGGGGCCGGGCUCUGGGCAGGUACGGGGCCGGGCGCCGGGCAGGUACAGGGCCGGGCGCUGGGCAGGUACGGGGCCGGGCGCUGGGCAGGUACGGGGCCGGGCGCUGGGCAGGUACGGGGCCGGGCGUUGGCAGGUACAGGGCCGGGCGCUGGGCAGGUUCGGGGCCGGGCGCUGGGCAGGUACGGGGCCGGGCACUAA